UAAAAAUCGAUUCAACACCAGCAAAAGACGAUAAAACCGUCCCGACACUUUCAUCGUCACAAAUUCCCAGAAAAUUAUGGGCGGCAUCAAUUUCAAUCCAAACACUAAUAAAUUGGCAUCUUUCAACGUUAGAGCAGUACGGCGUUAGUGUAUUAAUAGCUGUUAUAUUUUGUAAAACUCGAUUCAACCCUCGGCUGAACAGUGUUGUCUAAGCCGCGGCGCGCGCCGCUUGAAAAAAAAAAGCGCGCGCUUUCAACUGUCAAACUUUCGAAAUUCUAACCUAAAACGCCAUGAGUUAUUUGUAUGAUGAAUUUAACAAUAAUUUCCAGGACUUUCGUUAUUAUAAAGACAGUAAAAGUGAUAAAGAGUGUUGUGUGAAAGAUGAGAGUAAGGAGGAAGGUCAUAUUCAGCAUGUGUUGGGUCCUAGUCGGAGAUGUUUGGCGUGGGCGUGUAAAGCGUGUAAAAGGAAAACGGCGGCAGUGGACCGGCGGAAAGCGGCGACGCUUAGAGAGAGGCGGAGGCUGAGGAAAGUAAACGCUGCCUUUGAAGAGCUCCGAAUCCGCGCAAGGGCCGGCAGUGGGAGAUUACCGAAGCUAGAAAUACUGAGGGCCGCCAUACAACACAUAGAGAGGUUGCAGGCUGCCCUGAGAGCUGCCGCCGCGUUGGAAACAGAAGGCUGCAAGAACUACAUGGAGCCGGUUGGGGACCGGAAUCCAGCCAGGGAAGCUAACGUGGACAAAGAGAAACCUUUCGUGAACAAUGAAGGAGGUUGUGGAGUCAACAGUCUAGCGAGAUUGCGGUGUAUCGUUCAAGCAUUAACAACGAGGGAUUCUUGACCGGAUCUCAUAAUCUCCUACCGGAUCUCUAAUACUAAAGAGUAGAGUAGUUGGUACAUGUUCAGAAGGUUCUCUCUGGUAUUUUAAAGGAAAGAGGUGUCACAGUACUCAGUAGCUUAUCGCCACUACAGUUAUGGCUCAGUUUCAUUAGUCGAUAACUCGGUCGAUAUAAAGCGUGCGGGGACUCCCCGCAGGCGGUACAACGACUAGUGAAACUCAUAAGUCGAUAGUUCGGUCGAUAUACAGCAUGCGGGUGACUCCCCUCAGGUAUAUGGAGGUAUAACGACUGGUGAAACUCAUAAGUCGAUAGUUCGGUCGAUAUACAGCAUGCGGGUGACUCCCCUCAGGUAUAAGGUGGUAUAACGACUGGUGAAACUCAUAAGUCGAUAGUUCGGUCGAUAUACAGCAUGCGGGUGACUCCCCUCAGGUAUAAGGUGGUAUAACGACUGGUGAAACUCAUAAGUCGAUAGUUCGGUCGAUAUCCAGCAUCCAGCGACAGCCAGAACUCAACGAGGGGGGGUCGGGUUUAGGGUCGGCAACGCGCAGGUAACUCCUCUGGAGUUGCAGGCGUACAUAGGCUACGGAGACUGCUUACCAUCAGGCGGGCCGUAUGCUUGUUUGCCACCGACGCAGUAUAAAAAAAAAUAAUAUCCAGCAUACGGGUGACUCCCUGCAGGCGUUGAGGUGGUAUAACGACUGGUGAACCUCAUAACGGCAUGCGUUUUGGAAAUCUCCCGUAUCCCUCAUACAGGCCCUAUCGACCAAUGAAAACAGUUCCCCGAAUGCGGGCCCUAACAUGCUUUAUGGAAAUCUCCCGCAUCCCGCACGCGGGCGCUAUCGACCAAUGAAACUGAGCCAUUAAACUUUCACAACUUAUGUUCAACAUUCGUGAGUUUAAUCCUCGGUGGUACUUUAAAGAGCAGAAAUAAGUUUUGGGCAUAAAUUUCAUUUUUGGUACAAGAUUUUAUCGCUGACUGUACUUUUCUUUCCACAUGCAACUUAUACUCAUCGAGGCAAUUCUAAUAACCCUAAUAACAAUUAGUUUGCGUUGUUUUAUCACAGAGUUCCUAUGGCCACCGUCCGUCUCCAUAAUUAGAUCAGCUCCAUGUCAUCAUAAUAUUGCAUUUGUCAUACAAUUACAUACAAAGAACUGCAGUGAUAUCAUUAAAUAUCAAAUUUGCGAGCAUGCACGACAUACAUUCAAUUGUAAUUCAAAUAGUUUGUCUCUGUUACACCUUGUAUAAUUGCUUUGGUCUCGGACCGUCUAGAACGCAAAAUUACUAGUGUAAUAUUUUGCCUAUAUCCCUUUUAGUCUACAUCGCAAACGGUCUAGAACACAAAAUGACCACUUAUAGGUAGGUUAGGUUAGUUAGUUAUCUUUUAAUGGCCGAAGACCAAACCGCACAGAAAUAGGAGCCCCGCGGUAGCGGGGCUCCGUCGACAUCGCUAACGUAAAGGUAAAUCGAUGAUACGUAGAUAAAUAAAGGUCUAAAUAAUUGUAGUCAUUUUGUGUUCUAGACCGUUUGCGAUGUAGACUAAAAGGGAUAUAGGCAAAAUAUUACACUAGUUAAUUUUCUAGACAGUCCGAGACCAACCCGUAUAUUUUAUCUGAAGGUAUAUUAGCUAGUAUAUUUAAUUAGUUUAUUAAUUGUGAUAAGAGUAUUUUUAGUUAGUAAAUAUAUUAUUUAUUGUAAAUGUAGUAAUUGUACAUAUACAUUAUAAUUACAUAUUCGUUUUUGA